GUUGCUGCCGAUUUUUUUUAUUUCCGAGUUAGGGCUGGAAGGCCGAGUGUGUAGAAAGUGCGGCUCCGGUUGGGGCGCUCGUCAGGGGGAAGAGAGAUGGCGUGUUUGUUGGAGGCCCCACUCCGCAUCAGCGUGUUGUCUGAGGUCACCGCCACCAGUCGCCAUUAUGUUGACAGAUUGUUCGACCCUGACCCGCAAAAAGUACUACAGGGAGUCAUUGACAUGAAGAAUGCCGUAAUUGGAAACAACAAACAGAAAGCCAACCUGAUCGUGCUGGGAGCUGUGCCCAGGCUCCUGUACCUGUUGCAGCAGUCCUCGUCCAGCGCGGAGCUGCGGACGGAGUGUGCGGUGGUGCUGGGCAGCUUGGCCAUGGGCACGGAGAACAACAUCAAGUCCCUGGUGGACUGCCACAUCAUCCCAGCCCUGCUGCAAGGUCUGCUGUGCCCGGAUCUGACCUUCAUCGAGGCGUGUCUACGCUGUCUGAGGACAGUCUUCAUCAGUCCUGUCACACCCGUGCAGCUGCUCUACACUGACCCCACUGUGAUCCCCCACCUCAUGUCGCUGCUGAGUCGGUCUCAGAGAACGCAGGAGUACAUCACACAGAUCUUCUCCCACUGCUGCAAGACCCCAGAGCACCAGACGGUCCUGUACAGCCACGCUGCCAUCCAGAACAUCGCUCCCCUCCUCCCUACAGUCGCCUCCCUCCCGUCUCUCCCUGUACUCAAGUUACCCUUGCCUCCUUCUCUCUCUCUCCUUCUCUCCCUCCCUCUCCCUCUCUCUCUCUCCUUCUCUCCCUUCCCUUCUCCCGCUCCCCCUCCCUCCCUCUCUCCCGCUCUCCCCCCCUCUCCCUCUCUCCCUCUCUCAGUUCUCGUGGAUGGGGAGCAGCUCUCUCAGGUUUUUGUCAGAAUGAUGCAAAGGGAUCGACCCAUUGAGAUGCAGCUCACUGCAGCCAAAUGCCUAACGUACAUGUGUCGAGCAGGAGCCAUAAGGACAGACGACAACUGCAUCAUUUUAAAGACGCUGCCCUGCCUGGUGCGCAUGUGCAGUAAGGAGCGGCUGCUGGAGGAGCGGGUGGAGGGGGCGGAGACGCUGGCGUACCUGAUGGAGCCGGACGUGGAGCUGCAGCGCAUUGCCAGCGUCACAGACCACCUGGUCGCCAUGCUGGCCGACUACUUCAAAUACCCCAGCUCCGUCAGCGCCAUCACCGACAUCAAGAGGCUGGACCAUGAUCUGAAGCACGCUCACGAGCUGCGCCAGGCCGCCUUCAAGCUCUACGCCUCCCUGGGGGCCAACGACGAGGACAUCCGCAAGAAGAUCACAGAGACGGAGAACAUGAUGGACAGGAUCGUCAGCGGCCUGUCUGAGUCCAGCAUCAAGGUGCGGUUAGCAGCCGUCAGGUGUCUACACAGCCUCUCUCGCUCGGUGCAGCAGUUGAGGACGAGUUUCCACGACCAUGCUGUCUGGAAGCCGCUCAUGAAGCUGUUACAGAACGCCCCUGAUGAGGUGCUGGUCAUGGCCUCUUCCACACUAUGCAAUCUGCUGCUGGAGUUCUCCCCCAGCAAAGAGCCCAUCCUGGAGUCGGGCGUGAUCGAGCUGCUCUGCAGCCUGACGCAGAGCGACAGCCCAGCGCUGAGGGUCAACGGAAUCUGGGCCCUCAUGGUGAGUCCGUCUGUCUUUGGCCUGAUAUCGGAAGCAGCUUCUCCGCCUGCUGUCGGCACCUCCCCGCCGCUCCAACGUCUGGAUACAACACGCUCACGGGCUAACGCUAGAGAGAACCUGCUGUCCACACGCCCGCACAUAGACCAGAUCAUGAGCUCCCACGGCAAGCAGAUCAUGCAGGCCGUCACCCUCAUCCUGGAGGGGGAGCACAGCAUCGAGGUCAAGGAGCAGACGCUGUGCAUCCUGGCCAACAUCGCGGACGGCAACACGGCCAAGGAGCUCAUCAUGACCAACGACGACAUGCUGCAGAAAAUCAAAUACUACAUGGGACACUCGAAUGUAAAGCUGCAGUUGGCCGCCACCUUCUGCGUCUCCAACCUCAUCUGGAACGAGGAGGACGGGUCCCAGGAGCGGCAGGACAAGCUGAGGGAGAUGGGCUUCGUGGACGUCCUGCACAAGCUCACCCAGGCCUCGGACCCGAACCUCUGCGACAGGGCGAAGACAGCGAUGCAGCAGUACCUGGCAUGACAGUGGGCGGGACAGGAAGUGAACAAUCGCCGGGAGCUCAACUUCCGCGUUCCUUUAUUUUUCCAGUUUUGUUUCCUUUUAGUUUUGUUGCACAAGACACCUUUUUGAGCCCCGGCUCAAACGACCCCCCCCCCCCCCACUUCACCCCCCCCCCCCCCCCCCACCUUGAUACCUGGAGACUCUAUUGGGGGAAGCGAGGGGAGGGGAGGGGGGGGCAUAAUGACGGUUUGCAAUUUCAUAUUUCUUUGCAAGAGAGACUGUAGAGAUUUUUAGCUUCUUUUUUUUUUUUUUGGUGGACGCAAUAUGAAGAAAUGACUAAUUGGAGCGGGUGGCGCCCCCUGGUGGCUGGGUGCAUCGGACUCCUCCAGACACUGAUGUCCGGACAGAACGGGGGAGGGGUGUUGGGGGUAUUGCCUCCUUAUUUUAUUUUUGUUGGUUGUUGUUGUUAUUAAUAUUAUUACUAUUUUGAGGGGGGAGGGGAGAAUCUCCAACAGAAGACUGCUCAAGUUGUGAUUUCAUUUUCCUCCCCCUCUCAGUUUUUUUUUGUCAUUUGUGUGUGUUUUUUUUGUUUUGUUUUGUUUUUUUUGCGGAUACAUACCUCGGAAAUAUAUAUAAAUAUAUAAAUAUAUUUUUUGGAUUUUUAUUUUUUCCUCUCCAUUUUCCUUUUUUUUGUGUGUGUGAAGAUUUGUUUUUGGUUCGUGUGAGGCCACGUCUUUCCUGUUUCUGUGGGGAGCUGCAGGGAGAGAUGGGAUUGGGGGGGGGGGGGAGCACUGUUCGAUGCUCCUCACAAAUGAACUUCUGGAGACUGAGAAGGGGUGGGGCUUAUAUGAUGUCUGGCAAGAGGGUUUUUUGGUUUAGUCCUAAUUUUUAUUUUUCAGAAUUGGCCGUCCGCUUGGCCUUUGGCCCUUUUUGAAGCUCUAUUAGAGAUAAUGUUUGAGCUGAAAUAUAUGCAGACCUGACUGAUGGAGCUGGCUGCUGGUGUGAGUGUUUCAUUGCUGGGGAAGGGGGGGCGGGGGGGAGGGGCGGUGAAUACACACUACUGCCGCUCGAUGUGUGUUCGGCCUGCGGUGAGUCAACACCUCGCUUCUGCAAGCAGAACCUGGACACCUAGAACCUGCUCCAGCUGCAGUGGAACCCGGACACCUAGAACCUGCUCCAGCUGCAGUGGAACCCGGACACCUAGAACCUGCUCCAGCUGCAGUGGAACCCGGACACCUAGAACCUGCUCCAGCUGCAGUGGAACCCGGACACCUGGAACCUGCUCCAGCUGCAGUGGAACCCAGACACCUGGAACCCGCUCCAGCUGCAGUGGAACCCGGACACCUGGAACCUGCUCCAGCUGCAGUGGAACCUGGAACCCGCUCCAGCUGCAGUGGAACCCGGACACCUGGAACCUGCUCCAGCUGCAGUGGAACCCAGACACCUGGAACCCGGACUCAUAGAACCUGCUCCAGUGGAACCCGGACUCCUAGAACCCGCUCCAGCACCGCUCGGAGAGACCUGUCCCAGCGUGGAACAAACGGACCGUGACGCUCGCGUCACAUGGCCCAGGUCACACGGAACGCUCGGAGAGAGCGGAUUGGGGGAAGCCAGACUCGCUGAGAGCAGAGCACCCUCACCCUGCAAAGUCCCGGCAGUGAGGGCCGCACGCCCAGCGUGUCCCUGUAGCCUCUACCGCACACUGCACACACUCUGCGUCAAAGCUGCCCUCCUUCCUCUCUGCGUAAUUUACUAACUGAUGAAAUAUUUCCUUAUUAAAAAAGUGAAUGAAA